GUUGGUGGGGGUAUUUGGAUCACGUCGUCAUGCACAAACGACGCUCUACUCCUCAGUCAGUCGCUUGCCGAUUGUGAGAGCAAUAGGGAAGCUUCAUUAUGUCGGAGGUAUUCAAGCUGGGUGAUCUUGUAUGGGCCAAGAUGAAAGGAUUUUCGCCUUGGCCUGGUCGGGUGUCUAAUCCUUCAAAGGAUUUGAAGAAACCGACAAAUACUAAGAAGGGGCCGGUUCAAUGCAUUUUCUUCUUCGGAACAAAUAAUUACGCAUGGAUAGAGGAAUCUAAUAUAAAACCAUAUCUAGAAUACAAAGAUACUUUGGUAAAGUCUAGUAAAUCUGGUGCAUUUAAAGAUGCAGUAGAAGCAAUAGAGGAAUUUAUUGCUAAUGGAGAGGUGUUUGAAGAUGGCUUAGACCCAGAUUCUUUGUUCGACAGACUUAAAGAAGAAAGCAUAUCCGAGAAGAAAAAUAUAGUAAAAACAUCUAAACCUCGUAAGGAAACGCCAAAAACUAAAAGAUUGGACUCUGGUGCAAGUGAUGCCCGUCGUCCAGCCAAAAAGCAACGGAGAGAAUCAAGUACAAGUAAUAGUAAUAGAGUUGGCAGCAUUAGUCCUGCGUUAAACCAUUCUACUCCUCUCAGAAAAUCAGGAUCGACUCUCCUUAACAGGCCAGCGAAUAUUGCUAGACCUGUGACACCUCCUUUGGACGUGGAAACAUUGUCGCAAACACUUAAAGAAAAAAACAUCCUUCCUUCAAACUUGAAAUUUGGGUUCCUUGGUUUGGGAAUCAUGGGAAGUGGUAUUGUAAAAAACCUAAUCAACAGUGGACACAGCGUGAUUGUAUGGAAUCGGACGCAGGAAAAGUGUGCAGAUUUUGUAAAAGCUGGAGCAGAACAAGGUUUAACACCAUCCGAUGUGGUGCUCGCUGCAGAUAUUACAUUUUCCUGUGUGGCUGAUCCUCAAGCUGCCAAAGACAUGGUGUUUGGGAAUUGUGGAGUCCUCACAGAAAUAUCUCCAGAAAAAGGAUAUGUGGAGAUGACUGGUAUAGAUGCAGAAACAUCUCAAGAUAUCGCCGAGGCAAUAACAGCAAAGGGUGGCCGUUACUUAGAGGCCCAAGUACAGGGUAGCAAAACACAAGCGCAAGAGGGUACUUUAGUGAUCCUUGCGGCUGGCGAUCGACCUCUAUUCGACGAAUGUCAAUCUUGUUUCGAAGCAAUGGGGAAAAACAGUUUUUACCUUGGAGAGGUGGGAAAUGCUUCUAAAAUGAAUCUCGUGCUACAGCUGAUGGCUGGUGUAACUCUUGCUGGUUUAGCCGAGAGUAUGGCUCUAGCAGACCGUGCCGGUCUACAGCAAAAGGAUGUCCUCGAAGUAUUGGAAUUAACAUCAUUGGCAUGUCCUGCCAUUCUUGACAAAGGGAAAGCUAUCAUCGAGGGUGGUUUCCCAACGCAGUUACCACUUCAGCACAUGCAAAAAGACUUAAGACUCUCUUUAGGUAUGAGCGAUCAAUUAGAACAGCCAUUGCCUCUAGCUGCAGCAGCGAAUGAAGUCUACAAACACGCUAAACGCCUUGGUUACGGAGAACACGAUGCCUCCGCUGUUUACAUCAGAGCUAGGUUCUAACGGAGCGUGCAUCGUCAAAAUACCAUAUUUAUUGCAAUAUCUAACGUUGUUUCCUGUCGCUACCCGAGAAGAGUAGUGCGCUAUUUGUCGAGGAUGUACUAAAAAGUCACUAUGGGUCGUGAUAUUUCUUAGAAUGUUGAAGCAGAAUAAGUUUCUGUUGUUUCUUAACUGAAUGCAAUCGAAUCCAAUGGAUUUGAACAUAUGCUAAUAACAGUAAAGUUGAUGUAUGCAAGUUUCGUCGUACAUUUAAUGCUACAAACAUGUAAAAUAAAUAUACAUGUACUUUUUUUACACGUUUUUUCAAGGAUACUUUUUGAGUACACAUAGGCGAAUGACUUUAUCUUUUGUUUCGUUUUAUUUUAAUGCAUGGCGACUACUUUUCUCGAUAACAGCGUGGGUCUUUAAUAGUCAAUCUAUCGAGUCGCUUCCCGGCUUCGUCCCCGUAAAUUGCAUCCCUCGCUUGAAAACUUGAGAGACUUGGGACGUGUCGAAAAUGUGCCUUACGAUACUAUUGGAAGCAAGGCUUUUAAUUUUUUUGUCUCUUGAUUAGGCUGCACGAUAAAUUUAAACUCUUUUUAAGUAAUACAGUAUAAUUGAAUUAAGUUUUUUAUGCUGCUAAUUAACGGGAUGUAUUGUUCAAAAUAAAAAGGACGAUUAAGGUAGA